AUGAUGUUAGAGUGCGAGGAGCCACUACCAUUUCCCUCGGACUGUGGGGCUCUGGAUGCCACAGAGGCGAAAGUGGAGGCAGCUAUUGCUUCGCUGAUGGAGGCUGUCCCGGCAGGGAUGGCGCAGCACGCACCCCCGCUCAUAGCUGCCGCGGCUGUCGACGACCGCAAGACGAUUCGCCGGUUCGCGGAGUCAGAGUACGGCCCGAACUACCGUGGCGCCGGCGGCAAAACCUCCCUCCACUGGGCGGUCGGCGUGGGCGACGAGGCUAUCCUCAGGAGCCUGCUAGUCCUAGGCAGGCGCUGUGCCACGGGGCUGGACCUAGAAGCAGUAGACAGGAACGGCUUCACGGCGCUGCACUACGCGGCGGUGACGCGCAAGUUGUCCGCUACCCGGCUGCUGCUGGAGGCGGGCGCCCAGGUCGACUGCCGCGACCUGGACGGCCAGACGCCGCUGAUGAAGGCGGCCAGGUGGGACGACGCGGCGCAGUGCGGCGCCCUACUGGGCGCCGGGGCAGACGCCGCGGCCACCGACGCGGCGGGGCAGACGGUGCUGCACGUGGCUGCGGCCGCGGGCGCCACCGGCGCGCUGAGGCUGCUGCUGUCGGCGCGCGGGGCGGCCGACGCUGCAGGCGCCGCGGACGCGCUCGGCCGCACGGCGCUGCACUGCGCGCUGCGGCGGUCGCGGCUGGAGGCGGCGCGGAUGCUGCUGCCCGCGGCGGCCUACACGCCGCGCGUCGACGACACCGGCAGCACGGAGCUGCACUGGGCGGCCGCCAACGGCGCGCCGGACAUCGUGGAGCACCUGCUGCGCCUCGGGCCGCCCAGGUAG